GGACGCAACCAUCUGCGCACAGGAAAGGGGGGGAGGAAGACUUACGUUGCAAGAAUAGGUACAAAAAAGAUGGAAACUCAGGACCCAAAGAACCAUUAAAAAUUCCUCUUUGUUCUAAGUGGGCCGCUUUACACUUCCUUCCUGUGCACUAGGUCAAUAUUAAGUCCGCAGAUCACAGUGGCAACGUCCCUCCCUGUCGCCUUCCCAUUAAAUUAGGACCACUUUGUUGGCCGAGAAUGGUGACGGGGCUUCCUUCCGGUUUGCUAAAGGGAGGCCGGAAGUGUUGGGUUUUAGCGGCUCAGGGUGGAAGGGUGGUGGUAGCGGCAGCCAAGGCAGCGAGGGGUCUCAGAGGUGCUCGGAUUCUCGUGGCUGUGCAGGGAUUUAACCACCACCAUGUCGAGCAAGAGGGCAAAGACCAAGACCACCAAGAAGCGCCCUCAGCGCGCAACAUCCAACGUGUUUGCCAUGUUUGACCAGUCACAGAUUCAGGAGUUCAAAGAGGCCUUCAACAUGAUUGAUCAGAACAGAGAUGGUUUCAUUGACAAAGAAGAUUUGCAUGAUAUGCUUGCCUCACUGGGGAAAAAUCCAACUGAUGAGUAUCUGGAUGCCAUGAUGAAUGAGGCUCCAGGCCCCAUCAAUUUCACCAUGUUUCUCACCAUGUUUGGUGAGAAGUUAAAUGGCACAGAUCCUGAAGAUGUCAUCCGAAAUGCUUUUGCUUGCUUUGAUGAAGAAGCAACUGGCACCAUCCAGGAGGAUUACCUGAGAGAGCUGCUGACAACCAUGGGAGAUCGGUUUACAGAUGAGGAAGUGGAUGAGCUGUACAGAGAAGCACCCAUUGACAAAAAGGGGAAUUUCAAUUACAUUGAGUUCACGCGCAUCCUUAAACAUGGAGCAAAAGACAAGGAUGACUGAAAAGAACUUCAAAUUCCAGCCAAACGUUCCUUGUUGCCACGUGGGGUAUUUCUGAGAUUUUCUCUUAGAGCCUGUUGCAUGCCCUUAGCUUUACAGCUUUUGCCUUUCCUGUUGUAUUUAUUCUCAGCAACUUUGGGCACAUGUAUCUUUAUAAUCAGACUUGAGAUGGGACUUUUUGUUAUUUUCAGAAUAGACAAUAGGGUAAUUUAACUUACCAGGUCCCCCGCCUCUCCCUCCAAAAUAACUGCAGUCCACACAGAGUCAGUAUAUUUUUUCAGAGAAAGUUAUCACUCGAUUUUUUCUGAACCAUAAUUAAACUUUAUGAUAAAACA